CCCCUCUCACUAUCAGCACCAGGAUGGAGCAGUGAACUUUACACAAACAUUCCAGAGCCCGAGGGGACCCAGGGCUCGGGCCACAGUCUGAAACUCCGGCUGUUUGAACAUUAACCAAGAGAGGGCUGAGGGGUUUGUGAACCUUUGGGCGGGAUGUUUGUGGAGGGGGUUAGGCCGCUCCGGGCCUGACCUGUCCCGGAGGCGGGGAGAGGGAGAGGGCGGGCCCGCGGGGCCGGCCCGGGACAGGACAGCGCCGCGCCGCCAGCACAGGCACAGGCCCAGGGCGAGGGUGAGGGUGAGGGACGGGGAUGUGGGACCCGGACGAGUUUGAGCGGCAGUGGCUGAGGGAGUUCCCGGGGGGAGAGAGCCCGGUCCCCCGCCUCCAGUUAGACUCUGUGUCCGAGCUGGAGGCUGAGCUCCGGCGGAGUGAGGAGAGGCUCCGGGCCGGCCAGCAGCUCCUGGCCCAGGAGAAGUUUAAAGUGAUUUACCUGCAAACUGUACUGGAGAGACACAGCCCCCAGGGUCAGGGGGAGAGACACAGCCCCCAGGGUCAGGGGGAGAGACACAGCCCCCAGGGUCAGGGGGUAAGGGACAGCCCCCAGGGUCAGGGGGAGAGACACAGCCCCCAGGGUCACCUGUACCCCCACACUGAGGGCCAGGGGGUAAGGGAUGGACCCCAGGGUCAGGGGGAGAGGGACCGAUCCCAGGGGGAUGGACCCCAGGGUCAGGCGGUAGGAGAGAGAGACAGACCCCAGGGGGAUGGACCCCAGGGUCAGGGGGAGGGAGACAGACCCCAGGGGGUGGAGGACAGACUCCAGGGUCAGGCAGUAGAGGAGAGACGACAGGGGGAGAGGAACAGAUCCCAGGGGGAGAAGGAGAGGGACAGAGCCCCAGAUCAGGAGGGGAAGGAGGAGAGCCCCCUGAGUGAGAGCGACAGACUCCCAAGACAGUGGGAGAAGGGCCCGGUCCAGAUGCAAUGUGAUUCGGGCCAGUGGGAAACGAACCUCCCCCAGAAAGAGCUGUUGCUGAGCCAGGAGCACAAGGAGGAUGCAGAUAGUGACCUGGAUUCUGCCUCUCCAAGCCCUGGUCAUCUAGGACCAAGCUGCCUACGGAGGGGUCAAAGGGUAAACCGGAUCCGAAAUGGCAGUGGAUCCCCGAUUGCGAGCCCCAGGUUGAGGAGACGCCAAUUCUUGACAGUUCCACAUGAUUCAGAGCGAGCUUCCAGUGGAGCAAGUGAUGGAUACACUAGUUCGGAGCAUGAAGACUGGAGUUCAGAUUAUAAUUACACAGAUGCCUUUGAUGGGGAGACUGCAGAUGAACCAAAAGCUGCUCAAGAAGCUUCUGAAACAAUGCCAUAUAUCGAUGAAUCUCCCACAAUGUCACCGCACCUCAGCUCCAGAGCCAAGGAAACAAAUGACACAGUCACGUCAACAACAGAGAACAUGGCACCAACGAGUGAGGUGGAUCCAGAGAAGCGAUUGGAGAUGAGGAAUUUUGUCCUGUCUGGUAUCCUGGCAAGUGAGGAGAUCUACUUGAACCAGCUGGAGGCCCUGCUCCUGCCACUGAAGCCACUCAAAGCUGCUGCUACCACCUCACAGCCGGUUCUAACCAAUCAGCAAAUUGAGACCAUCUUCUACAAGGUGCAGGAAAUCCAACAGAUUCACCGAGAAUUCUGUGACAGUCUGCGUCCCAAAAUCGAGAACUGGGAUUCCCAGCAUUCUGUGGGACACCUCUUCCAGAAGCUGGCCGAAGGUCUCGGAGUGUACCAGGCCUUUGUGGGAAAUUAUAAAGUUGCCGUGGAGACAGUUGAGAGAUGUAGCUCGGCUAACAACAACUUCAGGAAGAUCUCCGAGAACCUGAAAGUCAAAAACCCCAAGGAUUCCAAGGAAUGUUCCACCUCUGUCACAUUGGAAGCUCUGCUCUACAAGCCAAUCAACCGAGUCACUCGCAGCACCCUGGUGCUACAUGAUCUCCUGAAGCACACUCCAACACAGCAUCCCGACUAUCCCUUACUGCAGGAUGCUCUCCGAAUCUCUCAGAAUUUCCUGUCCAGCAUUAAUGAGGAAAUCUCUGAUCGGCAUGCACACAUGACACUGGCAAAGGGCGAGAAUCGGCAGUUGGUGAGAGACGGUUUUAUUGUUGAAGUUUCAGAGGGAUCCAGGAAGCUGCGACAUGUUUUCCUCUUCACUGAUCUCCUGUUGUGCGGCAAACUGAAAAAGCAGGCAGUUGGGAGGCAGCAGCAGCAGCAGUAUGACUGUAAGUGGUACAUUCCCCUGGCUGACCUCAUGUUCCUGUCUGCUGAGGAUUUGGAGCCGAGUCCACAGGUUCAUGUGGUGCCUGAGCAUGAACUCGAGGAAAUGAAGAUGAAGAUUUCUCACACCAAGAACGAAAUCCAGAGGGAAAAGAAAUCUCCGAAGGGUCAGAUGCGGGUUGUGGAGCGCCUGAAGAAGAAAUUGUGUGAACAGGAAUCCUGGCUCCUCCUGCACUCGCCCACCAUUCCCUUCCGGAUACACAACAAGUACGGAAAGAGUUUCUUGUUCCUGCUGUCCUCCGAUUACGAGCGCAGUGAGUGGCGAGAGGCAAUUGAGAGACUCCAGAAAAAAGACCUGCAGGGCUUUGUGCUCAGUUCCUUGGAGUUACAAAUGCUGACUGGUGCCUGUGUGAAGCUGCGGACCGUUCACAAUAUUCCCGUAACCAGCAAUAAAGAGGAUGAUGAGCCGGGCGGUCUGAAUGGCUUCCUCCACGUCAUCGUCCGAUCAGCAAAGGGCUUCGACACCCCAGCCAGUUUAUACUGUACACUUGAAGUUGAUUCCUUUGGCUAUUUUGUCAGUAAAGCAAAGACCAGAGUUUUCCGGGACACAACAGAGCCACACUGGAAUGAGGAGUUUGAGAUCGAGUUGGAAGGCUCCCAGACAUUGCGGAUCCUUUGUUAUGAGAAGUUGUUCGACAAAAUCAAACUCAAUAAAGACGACAAUGAAAUUGUGGAUAAAAUCAUGGGCAAGGGGCAGAUACAGCUGGACACACGCACAGCCCAAAGCAGAAACUGGCAGACUACAAUCAUCGAAAUGAAUGGGAUUGAAGUGGAGUUAUCGAUGAAAUUCACCAGCCGUGAUCUGAGUCUGAAACGAACCCCAUCAAAAAAGCAGAGUGGAGUGUUUGGUGUGAAAAUUAACGUUGUCACAAAGAGGGAACGCUCGAAGGUUCCCUAUAUCGUCCGUCAGUGCAUCGAGGAGGUAGAAAAACGAGGGAUUGAGGAAGUGGGAAUCUAUCGGGUGUCCGGAGUAGCCACAGACAUUCAGACCCUGAAAUCUGCCUUUGAUCUGAAUACCAAGGAUGUGCUGGUGAUGUUAAGUGACAUGGACAUUAACGCCAUUGCCGGGACACUGAAGCUAUAUUUUAGAGAAUUACCAGAACCGCUUCUUACUGACAGACUCUACCCAGCAUUUGUGGAAGGGAUUGCAUUAUCAGACCCAGCAGCCAAGGAGAACUGUAUGUUACACUUACUCCGUUCACUGCCAGAGCCCAACUUCAGCACCCUGCUCUUCCUGCUCGAUCACCUGAAAAGGGUUGCAGAGAAGGAACCUGUGAAUAAAAUGUCUGUACACAAUCUGGCAACAGUGUUUGGUCCCACCCUGCUCAGACCAUCAGAAACAGAACACAAAGUGCAUGCGAACAUUGUGUCCGACAUCUGGUCUCAUGAAGUCAUGGCACAGGUGCAGGUUCUGUUAUAUUACCUGCAGCAUCCCCCAAUCUCCAUCACUGAACUCAAGCGAAAUACCCUCUACUAUUCCACUGAUGUGUAGAGAUCCUAUGUUGGGACCCUCGGAAUCCCUCAACUCGAGACAAUUGACCAAAAUAAAAUCAAGAUGAAGAAAACACCACACAGUGACUCCCGUUUGAAGUUUGACCUUUAUACCGCUAUAUGCCUGGUGCAAGAUGGGGAAGCCACCCUCUAUUGUCCUGUCCUGUGUAUAUGUGUACAAGCACUGUUGGCUGCCCAUCCCUUGCAUUCCGUCCCUCGCAUGGUGCAUUUGUCUUGUUUAUUCCUGGAGCUCCAACCUCCUACUCCUGGAUCUACUGUAGUUGCACGGAUAUUGAGACUUUGGGGCAGCAAACAGUUGAUAACCAAGCAGGGAACACCAGCAGGAGUCUGGUGAAUCUGUUGCUGUGUAAGGAUCUACACUGGAGCCUGAUUUUGGAGUGUGCCUCAGCAGUGGUAUUGACUGUGAUUAGCAUUUCAUACACUCCUCUGGUUAUUAGUAACCUUUUUUGCUUGAUAAUAAAUUGUUUUACACCUGUAGAUUAUUCUGACCCGCUGUGGGUGACACGUUCAUGAUAAAUAAAAGUAACAUAAUAUUUGCAUAAAA